AUGGAUCGAGAGAGGGAUGUGUGCCGGGAGGUCCGGUGUUACUGUUUCACAGGGUUGGCUAAUUCUCCGGCCCAGGCUAUGCAGUUGAAUCGACGAGAACGAGGGGUACAAGGUACAAGGUACAAGGGAACUCUGUAG